CAUGUCUAACUGGAAGGAGCUAAGCGGGAAGAAUAACUGGUUAGGUCUCUUGAAACCUCUCAACAAAAGUCUCUGCGACAAAUUGAUUCAUUAUAGUAAAAGAAUUGAGGCUGUUUAUGAUACAGUCGGGCAGAGCAUAGCAAAUCCUCUCAGUUACGGGCAACCCACAUAUGAAGAAAAAGACUUCUUUUCUAAGGUUGGCUUGGAGCAUUACACCAUGAACAACUAUGUUUAUGGUGAAUCCAAAUUUGAUUUCAGUGAUAAAGCUCUCCCAUCUAGAUGGUUUGGCUUCGUGGCCGUGGCCACAGAUGAAGGGAAGAAACACUUAGGAAGGAGAGAGAUUUUAAUUUGCUGGAGAGGAACAGUGACAAUCAUGGAUUGGAUAAACGAUCUCCAUUUUAAUCAAAUCUCAGCUUCACCAAUUUUAGGCAAGCAUACCGGAAAUGCUUGCAUACAUGCGGGGUUUUUCUCUAUCUAUAAAUCAGCUAGAGAUCAGGUUCUUACGGCGGUUGAGAAAUUGGUGAAGCAAUACCAACACGAGGAAAUUAGCAUCACAGUAACAGGCCAUUCCUUGGGAAGUGCUCUUGCUAUAUUGACCACAUUUGACAUAGUUGCCAAACGCGAUAAUUCCAAUUCUGGUUCUUCUUCAAUGACCGAUGCCAUGGUAACAGUCUUUGCCUUUUCAAGUCCUAAGGUUGGAAACUCAGACUUUGUGAAUGUGUUCAACAAGUUCAAAAAUCUUCAUCUCCUGCACAUUAGACAUAUUCUUGACAUUGUUCCUAGACUUCCACCUACUCCUAAUUACUCGACAAUUAGAACUGUGCUAGAUAUCACCUACACCACCUACACAAUAAAUGAAUUUUUACGCCCUACUAUCAACUCUAUCUCUGAAAUGGUGACCAGGUUUCAUAUUUUGAAGAAUUUACAUGAGGCAAUUGAAAAACAACCGGAGGAAAUAUCUCGAUUGUUGUUGCUAAUGCUCGUACAACAAUUCACGUUUUUCCCUACACAGCCAAUCCUAAAGAAAUUUUUACCACAGCAGAUCACGGUGCUCCCCAUAGGGAACACAUUGCUGUUGGCGAUAAUGUUGGCGAUACUGUCAUUCUUGAUGUUAAAGUUGAUGAAUUAUUACAAUCUGUAUGUUUGAGCUUCUCAACUUCAA